CGCGGCGACGGUCCCGCCCUUUCGGCUUGAGCGGCAGCGGCGUCUCAUCCCCGGCGGCUCCGGCGCGGCGCGAACAUGGCGGACCAGGCCAUCUCCUUCCUCAAGGACUUUCUGGCAGGCGGCGUCGCCGCCGCCAUCAGCAAGACCGCGGUGGCGCCCAUCGAGCGGGUCAAGCUCUUGCUCCAGGUACAACAUGCAAGUAAACAAAUUGCUGCUGACAAGCAGUACAAGGGUAUCAUCGAUUGUGUAGUGCGUAUUCCAAAGGAGCAAGGAGUGCUGUCUUUCUGGCGGGGAAACCUGGCCAAUGUCAUCAGAUACUUCCCAACUCAAGCUCUCAACUUUGCCUUCAAGGAUAAGUAUAAGCAGGUGUUCUUGGGAGGUGUAGACAAGCACACUCAAUUCUGGAGGUAUUUUGCUGGUAACCUGGCUUCUGGUGGUGCAGCUGGAGCCACUUCCCUCUGCUUUGUCUACCCCUUGGAUUUUGCAAGAACCCGUUUGGCUGCUGAUGUCGGAAAAGCUGGCGCAGACAGAGAAUUCUCUGGUCUAGGGGACUGUCUAGUCAAAAUUACCAAGUCUGAUGGUCUGCGUGGCUUGUACCAAGGGUUUAAUGUCUCUGUCCAAGGCAUCAUCAUCUAUAGAGCUGCCUACUUUGGGAUCUAUGAUACAGCAAAAGGCAUGCUCCCAGAUCCCAGAAAUACGCAUAUUGUUAUCAGUUGGAUGAUUGCCCAGACGGUGACUGCUGUGGCUGGUGUGGUCUCCUAUCCUUUCGAUACAGUGCGGCGUAGGAUGAUGAUGCAGUCAGGGCGCAAAGGAGCUGAUAUCAUGUACUCUGGAACAAUUGACUGCUGGAGGAAGAUUGCGAGGGAUGAGGGAGGAAAGGCGUUCUUCAAGGGUGCAUGGUCCAAUGUUCUCAGAGGCAUGGGGGGUGCUUUUGUGCUUGUGCUGUAUGAUGAAUUCAAGAAAGUCAUUUAAACAGCCUAACUAGAAUUGGAAAUCAAGUUGAGCAGAUCAUGUAGAAUAACUACCAUUAUGGACCAUUGACCUUCAAGAAAUUCCUGUGAGUCUUAUUUAUCGGAGCCAGAUUAUAUUUGUAGAUGGGGCUAGAAACUGACAUAGAGGACUGAUCCAUUUCUUGGUAACAUGCAUGAAGACACUGAAUCUGUCAAUUCAGUGUGGUGAUCUUUGGUUUUUUUCAGCAAUGAGUGGCAUUGGUUCUGGGUCCAAUUUAGGCAGAAGAAAUUGUUUGCCUGUGGACCAGUCCGCAGUUUCAAGUCCCAUCUUCUAGGACCAUAAAAUUGUAUUUGAAAGUUCUUGCUAACAAAUCAUGUUCUUUUCCACUUGUACUGAAGCACUAUGUACCAUUUUGCACAGCUGAACAUCUAGCAAUUUUGUUCUUAAAUUGGGGCAUUUUGCUGUAAAACAAUAAACAUACUUACUCUGUCUGUGUUGAAAUUAUUACAUAAAAGCUUUGGGAAAGCCUCUUUUCUUUGAAAACUUGUUUCAGAUAAUGGUUCCUCUGACACACUUACACUGCACUCUGUAACAGAAUAUUUAAAAAAAAUAAUUGAAUGUGAGAACUUUGGGGGAGGGAAAGCAUGGGUUAUACUAGUAGAAACCAAUCCCAUUCUUUGUGCCUGAUAGUGUAUGAUGGGCUGCUGCAAGUGGCUUUUUGCAUGAUUCUUAAAAAAUUUAUUUGCAGCUCUUAUGAUUUAAAAUGGGGUUUCCAUUGUAGUGCUGGGAGAACCCAAAGUCUCAACGACAGUCAACAAUUAGUACUCUUGCCCUUGGUAAAACAGCUUAAACUGAAACUUUUUUUCUUUUUUUUUUUUUUUUAAUCAAUAUAGAAAGCAACGUGCUAUUCAUGCAAAAACCCAGGAACCUAGUAAAUGCCUUCCACUCCUGAGUAACCUGUGUAUUGUAUUGUUGCUGCUAUUUGGAGAUGCUGAUUGUGCCAUUCAGGAUACUGUUUGGCCUGAUCUGUAGCAGUGGUCAGUACCUCUCUGGAAGGUGAAUUUUAUCUGAAAUGAGGCUCAUUCCAAGAGGUGAUGGGGUGUAUGCAGGGGAAUAUGUUUGCUUCUGUGUAACUGUAAUAAUAGAUCAAGGUAGGUCAGCCUUCAAUACUGAUUGGUAUCUAACUCUGGAGAUUGUCAGAAGACCAAAAUUGGACUGAUUUAUUAUCAAUACUGCUAUUUGAGAUAAUGUAAUACCUAUGUGCCGUUCUUCAUAUGUAUAUAAUCUCUCUUUUGUAUUUCGUAAUCUGCAGAUAUGUGGUAGGGGGACGAGUAAAGGAAAACAAGGUGUUAAUCUUCCAAUCAGGUUUUUAAGAACUCCUUAUAUCUUAAGAAAAACUGUGUUACUGUAUGAGUCAUUGAAGGCUGACUGAGCUGUCUUGAGUUCUCUGUGUGCCUUCCGAGGUUGCUAUUCAAGAUGAAGUAUUUAAAUUAA